CUAGCGCGUUGGCCGAGAUCGCGCUGCGGCUCCGGCCCGGGCGAGUUCUCGCCCCCACGCGGCCGUUGCUGAGGAGACGGCGCAUGUCUCCCGGCGCGUUGCCCCCCUCUGCAGUUCUCCCCGCCCCUCUUCUCCCACCACAAUGAGAUCCUAAGAUGGCGGUGGCUGCGGCGGUUGGCGCCCAGUAGCUAAGGUAGAGAAGGCGGCCAUUGCGCCCAAGGCAGCCAGGGAACUUUUGGGACCUUCCCGCUGCGGCCUCUGAGGGACAGCCGGUGCCAGUGGCAGGUCGUGGGGGCUGACCGCCACUCCGUCCUUGGCAGGAGAAGCUGCUCCGUUACAGAAAUUUGUAAAAGCUAAUAUGGCCACAGGAGGAGGUCCUUUUGAAGAAGGUAUGGAUGAUCAGGAUUUACCCAACUGGAGCAAUGAGAGUGUUGAUGAUCGACUCAACAACAUGGAUUGGAGUGGCCAACAGAAGAAGGCAAAUAGAUCAUCAGAAAAGAAUAAGAAAAAGUUUGCUGUAGACAGUGAUAAAAGGGUAACUAAUGAUAUUUCUCCGGAGUCGUCACCAGGAGUUGGAAGGCGAAGAACAAAGACUCCACACACGUUUCCACACAGUAGAUACAUGACUCAGAUGUCUGUCCCAGAGCAGGCCGAAUUAGAGAAGCUUAAACAGCGGAUAAACUUCAGUGAUUUAGAUCAGAGAAGCAUUGGAAGUGAUUCUCAAGGUAGAGCAACAGCUGCGAACAACAAACGUCAGCUUGGUGAAAACCGGAAGCCCUUCAACUUUUUGCCUAUGCAGAUUAAUACCAACAAGAGCAAAGAUGCUGCUACAAGUCCGCAAAAGAGAGAAACAGUUGGAUCAGCACAAUGUAAAGAAUUAUUUGCUUCUGCUUUAAGUAAUGACCUUUUUCAAACUUGUCAAGUCUCUGAAGAAGAUGGGCGAGGAGAACCUGCAAUGGACAGCAGCCAGAUUGUGAGCAGGCUAAUUCAAAUCCGUGACUAUAUUACUAAAGCUAGUUCCAUGCGGGAAGAUCUCGUGGAGAAAAAUGAAAGAUCUGCUAAUGUUGAACGCCUUACUCAUCUGAUAGAGCACCUUAAAGAACAGGAAAAGUCAUAUAUGAAAUUUCUCCAAAAAAUCCUGGCCAGAGAUCCUCAGCGGGAACCUAUAGAAGAGAUAGAAAAUUUGAAAAAACAACAUGAUUUAUUAAAAAGGAUGUUACAGCAGCAGGAACAACUGAGAGCUCUGCAGGGACGACAGGCUGCUCUUCUAGCUCUGCAGCAUAAAGCAGAGCAGGCCAUUGCUGUGAUGGACGAUUCUGUUGUUGCAGAAACUACAGGUAGUUUGUCUGGAGUCAGUAUCACGUCUGAGCUAAAUGAAGAAUUGAAUGAUUUAAUUCAACGUUUUCAUAAUCAGCUUCGUGAUGGUCAGCCUCCAGCUGUUCCGGACAACAGACGACAAGCAGAAAGCCUGUCGUUAACUAGAGAGGUUUCCCAAAGUAGGAAUCCAUCCGUUUCAGAACAUUUACCAGAGGAGAAGGUCCAACUUUUUAGCAAAAUGAGAGUGCUACAGGAAAAAAAACAAAAGAUGGACAGAUUGCUUGGAGAACUUCAUACACUUCGAGAUCAGCAUCUAAACAAUUCAUCAUUUGUGCCUUCUUCAGCAUCUCAGAGGAAUGGGGACCAGAGAGGUACAACUUCGGCUUCCUCAGCUCCUGCAGGCGGAGCACCGGUUGUCAAUGGAGAAUCCAAUAGUCUUACACCAUCUGUUCCUUAUCCUGCUGCUUCUCUGGUUUCUCAAAAUGAGAGUGAAAAUGAUGGCCAUCUAAAUCCAACGGAAAAACUCCAGAAGUUAAAUGAAGUUCGAAAGAGACUGAAUGAGCUAAGAGAAUUAGUUCAUUAUUAUGAACAAACAUCAGAUAUGAUGACAGAUGCUGUAAACGAAAACACAAAAGACGAAGAAACUGAAGAAUCAGAAUAUGAUUCUGAGCAUGAAAAUUCAGAACCUGUUACUAACAUUCGAAAUCCACAGGUAGCUGCUACCUGGAAUGAAGUGAACAGCAAUAGCAAUGUACAGUGUGUUUCCAAUAAUAGAGAUGGGAGAUCGGUUAAUUCUAAUUGUGAAAUUAACAACAGAUCUGCUGCCAACAUAAGGACGAUAAACAUGCCUCCUCCUUUAGACUGCAGAUAUAAUAGAGGAGAACAGGGGAUGCAUGUUGCACAAGGUGAAGAUGAUGACGAAGAGGAAGAGGAAGCAGAAGAGGAGGGAGCCAGUGGAGCUUCAUUAUCUAGUCACAGGAGCAGUCUGGUUGAUGAGCCUCCAGAAGAUGCUGAAUUUGAGCAGAAGAUCAAUAGACUUAUGGCUGCAAAACAGAAACUGAGGCAGUUACAAGAUCUCGUUGCUAUGGUGCAGGAGGAUGAAACAGCUCAAGGAGCUAUCUCUGCCAAUACUUCAAAUGUGGAUGACUUUUACCCAGCAGAAGAAGACACCAAGCACAAUUCCAAUAACACCAGAGGAAAUGCCAACAACACACAGAAAGAUGCUGGAGCAAAUGAAAAGGCCAGAGAGAAAUUUUAUGAGGCUAAACUGCAGCAGCAACAGAGAGAACUAAAGCAGUUGCAGGAAGAAAGAAAGAAACUCAUUGAGAUUCAAGAAAAAAUUCAAGCACUACAAAAGGCAUGUCCUGACCUACAGCUGUCAGCUUCUAGUGUGGGUAAUUGUCCCACAAAAAAAUACAUGCCAGCUGUUACUUCAACACCAAUUGUUAAUGAAAAUGAGACCAGUAUAAAUAAAUCUGGCUUUGAGGCUGAAGAUUCUUCAGUAGGAGAUAAUGAGCUGUGGUCAGAAAUGAGAAGACAUGAAAUGUUAAGGGAAGAACUGCGGCAGAGAAGAAAACAGCUCGAAGCUCUGAUGGCUGAGCAUCAGAGGAGGCAAGGUCUAGCUGAAACCACAUCUCCAGUGGCUGUGUCAUUGAGAAGUGAUGGAUCAGAGAAUGUGUGUACUCCUCAGCAAAGUAGAACAGAGAAAACAAUGGCAACUUGGGGAGGUUCCACCCAGUGUGCACUAGAUGAAGAAGGGGAGGAAGAUGGAUACCUUUCUGAAGGUGUUGUUCGGACAGAUGAAGAGGAGGAGGAAGAAGAACAAGAUGCCAGUUCCAACGAUAACUUUACUGUGUAUCCUCCCAAUAGUGUCGACCAUAAUUCCUAUAAUGUAAAGGAACCUAAAAAUAGAUGGAAGAACAAUCGGCCCUUUUCAGCAGAUGGAAAUUAUCGUCCCUUAGCCAAGACACGGCAGCAGAAUAUCAGCACGCAGCGGCAAGAGAAUCUCCGUUGGGUGUCAGAGCUGUCUUAUGUAGAAGAGAAAGAACAGUGGCAGGAACAAAUUAAUCAGCUGAAAAAACAGCUCGAGUUCAGUGUCAAUAUUUGUCAGACUUUGAUGCAAGACCAGCAGACUCUGUCUUGUCUGCUACAAACUCUUCUGACAGGUCCUUACAGUGUAAUGCCCAGUAAUGUUGCUUCUCCUCAAGUACACCUUAUAAUGCACCAGUUAAACCAGUGCUAUACUCAGCUAACAUGGCAGCAGAAUAAUGUUCAGAGGUUAAAACAAAUGUUAAAUGAGCUUAUGCACCAGCAGAAUCAGCACCCCGAGAAGCGUGGAAGCAAAGAUGGAGGCAGCAGUGUACCACAUCCUCCUUCACCCAGUUUAUUUUGUCCUUUCAGUUUUCCAGCACAGCCUGUAAAUCUAUUUAAUUUACCUGGGUUUACUAACUUUCCAUCGUUUACACCAGGUAUGAAUUUCAGCCCUUUAUUUCCUUCUAAUUUUGGAGAUUUCGCGCAGAAUAUUUCUACACCUGCCCAACAGCAGCAGCCUUUAGCCCAGAAUCCUUCGGGGAAAACAGAGUAUAUGGCUUUUCCAAAACCUUUUGAAAGCAGCUCCUCAGUUGGAGCAGAAAAACAAAGGAGUCAAAAGCAGUCAGAAGAAGAAAUGGAAAACAGUAGGACACCAUGGUUGUGUGAUCAAGAAAGGGAAGUAGAAAAACCAUUUAUUAAGACUGGGUUUGCAGUGCCUGUCGAGAAAGCUACCAAUAGUAACCGCAAAAGUCAAUUGGAUACAAGCAGGAGAAGACACCAGUUUGAUGAAGAGUCAUUGGAAAGCUUUAGCAGCAUGCCUGACCCAGUAGAUCCAACAACAGUAACCAAGACUUUCAAAACGAGAAAAGUAUCGGCACAGGCCAGCCUAGCAUCUAAAGAUAGAACUCCCAAGUCGAAGAGUAAGAAGAGGAAUUCUGCUCAGCUCAAAAGCAGAGCUAAAAGUAUUGGGUAUGAAAGUGCCAGUAUGUCUAGCACAUGUGAACCUUGCAAAAAUAGGAACAGACAUUCAGCCCAGACUGAAGAGCCUGUUCAAGCAAAAGUAUUCAGCAGAAAGAAUCAUGAGCAGCUGGAAAAAAUAAUAAAAUAUAGUAGGUCUGCAGAAAUAUCUUCAGAAACUGGCAGCGAUUUUUCCAUGUUUGAAGCUUUGCGGGAUACCAUUUAUUCUGAAGUGGCUACAUUAAUUUCUCAAAAUGAAUCUCGGCCACAUUUUCUUAUUGAACUUUUCCAUGAGCUUCAACUGCUUAAUACAGACUACUUGAGACAGAGGGCUUUAUAUGCACUGCAGGACAUAUUAUCCAGACAUGUUUCUGAGAGCCAUGAAAAAGAGGGGGGAAAUGUCAAGUCAGUGAACUCUGGCACUUGGAUAGCGUCCAACUCAGAACUGACUCCCAGUGAAAGCCUUGCCACCACUGAUGAUGAAACUUUUGAGAAGAAUUUUGAAAGAGAAACACAUAAAAUAAGUGAACAAAACGAUGCUGAUAAUGCUAGUGUCAUUUCUGUAUCUUCAAAUUUUGAACCUUUUGCAACAGAUGAUCUAGGUAACACUGUGAUUCACUUAGAUCAAGCAUUAGCCAGGAUGAGAGAAUAUGAGCGUGUAAAGACUGAAGUUGAAAGUAACUCAGAUAUGAGAUGCCCCUGCAGGAUUGAGGAUGAAGAUGGGGCUGUUGCCACUAACACAGUUAAUAAUCUAGAAGAGACUCCCAAUAUUGAAAAUCAUAGCUCACAGCAGCCUAUGAGUGAUGUUUCAGCCAUCCCAUGUCCUAGAAUUGAUACUCAACAGUUGGAUCGACAAAUUAAAGCAAUUAUGAAAGAAGUCAUUCCUUUUUUGAAGGAACACAUGGAUGAAGUAUGCUCUUCUCAACUUCUUACUUCGGUAAGACGCAUGGUUUUGACCCUUACCCAGCAAAAUGAUGAGAGCAAGGAGUUUGUAAAGUUUUUUCAUAAACAACUUGGAAGCAUAUUACAGGAUUCACUUGCAAAAUUUGCUGGCAGAAAACUGAAAGACUGUGGAGAAGAUCUUCUUGUAGAGAUAUCCGAAGUGUUGUUUAAUGAGUUAGCUUUCUUUAAGCUCAUGCAAGAUUUGGACAAUAAUAGUAUAAGCGUUAAACAGAGAUGCAAAAGGAAAAUAGAAGCAGCUGAAGUGAUACAGUCUUAUGCCAAAGAGGCCAAAAGGAUUCUUGAAGGAGAACAUGGGUUACCUGCUGGAGAAAUUGAUGAUGAAGAUAAAGAUAAGGAUGAGACUGAAACAGUAAAGCCACCUCAAACAUCUGAGUUGUAUGGUGAUGAAGGUCCUCAAAACGUAAGGUCUGAUGUUUCUGAUCAAGAAGACGAUGAAGAGAGUGAAGGCUGCCCAGUGUCCAUUAAUUUGUCUAAAGCUGAAACUCAAGCUUUAACUAAUUAUGGAAGUGGAGAAGAUGAAAAUGAGGAAGAAGAAGUGGAAGAAUUUGAAGAGAGCCCUGUGGAUGUCCAGACUUCGCUCCAGGCCAACACUGACGCUGCAGAAGAGACUGAACAUGGCCCUCAGGUUCUUCAAAAUGACUUUGAAAAAACAGAGAGCACAGAUGUCCCAUCAGAACAAGAAACUUCUAAUAAAGAUGACCAAGAUAGCUCUCUUGUGAAACCCUGUUACCUCAACAUCUUGGAAAAUGAGCAGCCUUUGCAUAGUGCCGCUCCUCAGGACCCACCAGCUACUGUGGAUUCAUCACAACAGCCCAGUCGUUUGCCCUUACCUUUGACUGAAAUGGAAACCCUGGGGCCUCAAGUUAAAGAAAUAAAAUCUGCUCAGGAAACUCCUGAGAGCUCUCUUGCUGGAAGUCCUGAUACUGAAUCCCCUGUGUUAGUAAAUGACUACGAAGCAGAAUCUGGUAACAUAAGUCAGAAGUCUGAUGAAGAAGACUUUGUGAAAGUUGAAGAUUUACCACUUAAACUGACAAUCUAUUCAGAGGCAGAUCUAAGGAAAAAAAUGGUAGAAGAACAACAGAAGAACCAUUUACCUGGUGAGAUAUGUGAAAUGCACACUGAAGAGUUAGCCGGAAGUUCUCAGAUGCUCAAAGAACCAGAAACAGUGGGAGCCCAAAGCAUAUGAAGGGUCUUCAGAGGCUCAUCAAACUCCUGUCUUUAUACAGUGCAUAUAUGAAAAUGACACUAAAUAAACAUCUGCUUUGAUCUGUAUAAAAUGUAAAUUAGUUUGACACUGCAUUUUUGAUAGGUGUGCUAAUUUCUGCCCAUGGCAGUUUUAAAACAUUAGAAGCUGAAUUCAGAUUCAAAUUUUGAUUCACUGUGGGUUUUUUUUUCCUGUUUCUUUUUUAGUCUUGCUUUUAUCCUUCCGUUGUGAUGUUUGAUAACAUUAAAUUUAAGAUGUGGUUUUAAAUAAAAUUUGGACUUAACUGUAAAGUACCUUUUGGAAAUUAUGUUGCAUUACAUGCAGUAAGUCAAUGUUCUGUAUAAUUUUUAGGCUGUUCAGAGAGUGAUAGAGAGUUAUUUAUUAUAAAGUCCAACCAAUUUGGCCAGUCUCCAGACAGGCCACUGCUCAUGUUCUGUUAGAUGCUGUGCAAGAAUAGGGCCGCCUGUACAGUAGUCCAGGUAUCUGUAAAUUAUUUAGACUAUUUAUCAGUAAUCCUUUUGAAUCUGAUCACAUUUAGAACUUACAUUCUUCGAGCUUAUAAAAUUAUUAGAUAGUUUCGAGAAUUUCAAAUUCUAAGUUGUUUCAGUCUAAAAAUUUUGAAAAAGACUUUAUAUAAUUAGGGAGUAUUAAUGCAUAAAAAAGGUAACAGUUAAUUUUAGAUAAUAAAUCAGAUUUAAAUGGGGAUAAACAUAACUAAAUUGAUGUAACAAGG